UAAAGCUUGUCACGACCUUAUUCAUUUCGUACCUACAGAGUUGUCCGAGAAAACGACAUUCAAAGACAGAAAACCCCGAAAUAGCCCUCAACAUUCCGGAAUGAAUAGGGUCAACUGUUUACCGGUAUGAAUGGGGUGCAUACAGACCCACUGAAGGACCCUCAUACACCCCUAUACGUGACCUCAAUGAAUGUGCCACUGUGUCCAGUCAUUCAGGUGGUAAGUAAAAACAAGGAUGCCAAAAUAACGGUCCACCAACACUGCCAAUAGCAGAUGGGACAUUUGUUAUGCGUUAUAGACUGACAUAUUAAAAGUAAUUCCCCGUACGUUAAAACUGUUGAGCACGUACAUGCGUAUAGGCUAAAUGCACGUGAGGUUUCUCGGCACAGGCGCGUGUCUGCUGCUGGAUGCAGGUAACAACGCAUCCUUUAUGUACGGGCUGGAGGCGGAGGCAGUUUUGGGGUGGGGUGGACCAGAGGAUCCGGUUUCGCCGGGGGAAGAAACCAGCAGAGGUUCGCCGCUGCCCCGCACACUCAACGCACGCGCUCCAUCACCCUCGCGCCCUCUGCUCUCGAGGACUCGGGGCUUUGACAUCAGUUCGUUUGUAUUGUGAUGUUGCAUCUGUGAAGAUCAAAGGCUGGAGAAACACGCCGAAGACUCGGAAUAGAUUAGGUACAACAGAAUGACUAAAGAUGAGGAAGCAUCUCGCUUGUCAUUGCAGAUAUAUCAAGUUGAAGAAGUGAAUGACAAAUAAAGACCCGUGCUGGUAUGGAGUUCAAAUUGCUAAACCUUAUUUGAUGAGUGGGACAUCCGGGACGCUGUAGCAUGGAUCAUCCAUUCCAGACAUUCUCUCAAAGGUCUGUCAUGCUACCUUCAAGAAUGAGCAAUUUUCACCAGGCAGAGCUAUGUGCAUGUCGCCUUUGAACCGUUCAGAUGGCACAUUUGACCGGACGGAGAGCUAAUAGCUCCUUGAAGAGGAGGAAGUGGCCGUAACUUGACCCAUGAAGAAGAAUGUGGGUGAGAAGCCAGACUGCAGUAAAGAAAGACUGAGUUGGGAAUAGACAGUAGCUUCGGACAGAUAUUGCUUUGCAAUACAAUAAGUUCUUCCUCUUUGAUUUCAAAGACACACACUUCGAGUUUAACAAAGCUAUUCAGGUGUCGGAGUGGCCUUCUGGCUGAUCUUUGAGUAUCGGUUUUAAUGAGUCGCAAAGAUGCCCCGACUUUCUUGAACUACGUCAUCCUGCCCACCUUGUUGUUGAGGUUGUCUGUUGUGAUGUUUCGGAGGAGUCUGCUAGCUUGGCUCUCCCGCUUAGGCGUUUUAUUAGUGGUGGUCUGCUGUUGUCUUUCCCUCCUCUAUGUCAUCACAUGCAGCCCCCACGCCGAUGAGGUCAUGGCCGGGCAACCCCUGCCCAGGGUCGGAGGUUUGGGGAUGGCGGGUGGUCCGAGCAGACCGGGUGGAGUCGGAAGUGGACGAGAAGGCUUCCAGGCCCUGCUACAAGAGAGAGAAGAACAGCACAGACAGCACAUUGACAGUUUAAAGAAGCAAAUCGCACAACUCAAAGAAGCCCUACAAGAACGCAGCGAACAGCUUAAGGGGAUGCAGAACUCUUUGGAGAAGACAGCCGGACGAGGCGCUCGGACCGACGUGCUCGAGGACCACAGUCGCAGCGACCUGCAGGAGUUCCUGCGCAGUCAGCUGAACCGGGCCGAGGUUCACGCCGGCGUACGGCUACCGAGCGAGUAUGCCGUCGUGCCUUUCGAGAGCUUUACCCUGCAGCGAGUCUACCAGUUGGAGAUGGGGUUGACCCGACACCCUGAGGAGAAGCCUGUGAGGAAGGACCGCAGGGAUGAACUGGGUGAGGUGGUGGAAAGCGCGCUUCACGCCCUCAAUGUGCCAAAUCAGGCAGGAGACAAAACGAAAUCGAGCAAAGUCUACACGCCAUCUGAUUUCAUAGAAGGCAUCGCACGCACAGAGAAAGACAAAGGCACGCUGUAUGAAUUGACCUUCCGCGGUGAACACAAACUGGAAUUUCGCAGGCUGGUUCUCUUCCGGCCCUUUGGCCCACUGAUGAAAGUGAAAAGUGAGCUGGUGGAGACGGGCAACAUGCCUAUUAACAUCGUGGUUCCUUUGUCCCAGAGAGCUGACAAAUUCAGACAGUUUAUGCACAACUUCAGAGAGGUGUGUGUGAAGCAGGACGGGCGCGUGCACCUUACCGUGGUUUACUUCGGAAAAGACCAAAUGAACGAAGUCAAGGGAACAUUGGAGAACACAUCGAGGGAGCUGAACUUUCGUAACUUCACAUUGAUUCAGCUGAAUGAAGAGUUUUCUAGAGGUCGAGGGCUGGACGUGGGCGCUCGCGCUUGGAAGGGAGGGAACGUACUGCUCUUCUUCUGUGAUGUGGACAUCUUCUUCACAGCCGACUUUCUGAAUACAUGUCGCCUGAAUGCACAACCUGGAAAGAAAGUGUUUUAUCCGGUCCUCUUCAGUCAAUAUAACCCAGCUGUAAUCUACGGCGGUCACGAUCACAUUCCCCCUGUGGAACAGCAGCUGAUUAUUAAGAAAGACACUGGAUUUUGGAGGGAUUUCGGCUUUGGGAUGACCUGCCAAUACAGAUCAGACUUUAUCAAUAUAGGUGGUUUCGAUGUAGACAUUAAAGGCUGGGGCGGUGAGGACGUACACCUGUACAGGAAAUACCUCCACAGUAAUCUGCUAGUAGUUCGUGCACCAUCGCGCGGCCUCUUCCAUCUGUGGCACGAAAAGAGAUGUGCGGACGAGUUGCCUCCAGAUCAGUACAAGAUGUGCAUGCAGUCAAAAGCCAUGAACGAAGCCUCGCACGGGCAGCUCGGCAUGCUGCUCUUCCGGCACGAGAUCGAGGCGCAUCUCCGAAAACAAAAACAGAGAAGCGGAGCCAAAAAAGCUUGAAGCUCGUUACCUCUCACGGCGCAUUUAAAACAAGCUUUCGGCAUGUGGCUCACUCAGGCAUGUGAUCGGCCAAGGACAAAAAAAGAAGGAAGGCUUUUGGAAAAUAAUACUAAAAAAAGAAAAUCAAUCAAAUAUGCAAAAGUCAUCCCCACAAGGUCAAAAAAUACUGAAAUCCGUAUUUAUGUGGAAAAAUCACAUCCCUGCUGGAAUAGUUUAGCCCUAAACUCAACUUUUGGCAUUGUUAAGUUACUCCAAUGUUCCAAACUCAACUCCGUAUGAGUUUGGGUUACAAGCUGUGAAUUUCCUGACUGCUGUUUGCCAUGUAAUGAACAAGUCAACUCAAAUUUCAGUUUGUUCCCGACACUGAGCUAUUGUGUGGCUUUAGAAAUAUAGUACACAAUUCAUAACCACCAUUUGAAUUGUACGUUUAUUAAGCUUUUUUGAAACCGGACCUCCCCAAUCCCCAUUCACUUUCAUUACUACCAAAUAAAAUUCAUCUUCACUGGAGAAAUAACAAAUGCAGGUUUGGUAAAUAAUGACAGGAUUUCUAUUUCUAUUUCUUUAAAUUAUACAUUAUACAAGACUGCACAAACGCACACACAUUUGCAAACCCAAACACUGAGAUAACUAAAAGAGACGCCACAGGAAGAGAGCAACAGACAGACAGACAUUCCCUAAAGACAACAUAAGCGUGGGUGUGCAGAAUAUGACCUUCAAGUCUGCAUGGUGUCUUUUAUGUGUUAUAAAAUGAUCUGCAGUAUUAUCUAGAUACAGCACAUGAUGUAGUUUCUAAUGCACUUGUGCACUUCAGAGAGAAAUCUCACACGGUUAGCACGUUAUGCUGAUCAUUUUUCAAUAGUGCUGAAUGUACUAACUAUAAAUGAAAUUUAGAAGAGACGUGAGAGCGUUGUAACACAUUUAGUUUUAAACAUUGUGUUUUUUUACAUUGUUUCUUAAAUGUUUAUUUUUAUUUUGAGUAUCUUGUGUAAAAAUCUUCUAAUAUCUGCAAACUUUGUAAAUUAUUGGAGUCAUUAUGUUUACAUUUGCUACCCACACCCAUUUUUCCAAAAGUGAAAGAGACAAUUGUAUUAUAUAUUAAAGAGCAAACAAAUUGGAAAUAAUUAUGCAACAAAAACACAAAUUAUAAGCAAAAUAAUGUUACUCUCAAAUUUGAAGUAAAUAUAUACACUUUCUCACUUUAAGUGUUACAAAACUCCCUGGUCUUUUUCUACCUCAGGCUAGCACUAAAAAUAGCGUAAAAUCAAACAAAAAUUAUAUUUCAAUUCUCUAUUAAUGAGAUAGGAUUGCUAAGAGCUAAAUGCAUAUCAGGGGGACUUUUAUGUCUUACAUGUUUUACACUAGAAAACUUUGAACAUUCUUAAAAAAAAUGUAAUUAUGGACUUGAGUCCAAAAAUGCAAAGAAAGAAAACAUAGAAUAGAAAAUGUUGUAUUGCUUUAUUGACAUAUAAUAGUUGGUAUUGAACUUUAUUAAUUGUGAACAGUUUGUUUAUCGAUCAGUUAGAGAAAUAUUAAAUUACGACGAGUGGUUCAAAGAACUACAAUUUCUUUCUUAAGAAGUUAAUUUUUUAUGUUGUAGUGCCACCUGGUGGUUAAUUACAUUAUAAUCUUGCAGGGACAGUGAACUUCACAAAAUAUACUAUAAUACACCACAAGCAUUGGAUAUCAAAUUCUGAUUUUUUAUUUUUGAACACCCCACGUAUUGUAAUGUUUGAUUUUUUUGUAUAGCAAUGACUAUUACAAAGUUAAAAAUGUAUCUGUGUAUUCUAUGAGAGUUUAUUUAGGCUUAUAUUUGUGCAUAAAUUAUCUCCAGAUGAUUUAAGACUUCAGAGGUUUUUGAAGUUCAGCUUGAUGUCAGAUAAAGGUGCACUGCAGGUGCAAAGCACACUGAUUUUCAUAUACGGUAGAGCAAUGUAGAAUAGCUGUAGAAAUAAUGAUUAUUUAUUGGGGCACAGGGUGCCUUUAACGUAUGACCUUUUUACUCCCCAACGUGCCAUGAUAUGUAUAUUCUUUUAAAUAAUAUCAGACAUAUUCGCUCUGAUGAUUUGUUGUAAAUUAAAAUCAUUUUGUUUUUUUAUUUUUAAGACGAAACUAAAUAAAGUGAAGCAAAAGUG